UUUAACCUUUUGAAUACUGUUCUCUUCCGCAGAAACCCUAUCUAUCUCGCUCUCCCUUAGGCACAGAAGAAACCAGCAGCCCCAACUCAAGACACAUACACUCAGCUUUCUCUCUCAAACCGAAAUUUCAUUUCUUACCCAGAUUCAUUCUACAGAGCAAGAGAGCCAAACAUGUCGAUCGAAAUGCCCAAAGGGCUCCCCUUUUCAGUUGAUACGUGGAGUUCUUCUUCAAAGAGAAAGAGGCACCAUUUCUUAACUCACGCCCACAAAGACCACUCCACUGGGAUUUCCUCCCACUUUUCUUACCCGAUUUACUCAACCCAACGCACCAAAACCGUCCUUCAACACUACCUCAAGCUUGAUGAAUCUUUGUUUGUGGGCAUUAAAGUUGGGCAAUCUGUAGCUAUUGAUGAACCGGAUGGAGCCUUCACUGAUACGGCUUUCGAUGCCAAUCACUGUCCUGUCCUUGACCAUUCUUUAGCUGAGGUUAGAAGUUGCUCCGAUUUUGGUCAAAUUAAAAACCCAAGCUUAAACCCUUCGAUUUUGGACCCAGAAGCAAAAGCACUCUCAGACACUGAGACGAAGCAAUGGAGGAUAAAACUGAGUCUGUUUCAUUCAACAAGAGAAGAGCAGAGGGUAACUAUAAUUGCUUUUUUUCUCUAUAGUUAACGGUGAAAUCUGUAAUUGCUUGCAUUGGUUUCUGGGUUGUGUUCCUUUCUUUGAUUCUGGAUAAUUAAUGUGAUUUUAUCUCAUGUGGAUAAUAGUUCAAAAGUGACUGACUCUGAGGUAAGU